AUGGGGAACGCGAGCGCCAAGGAGGGGGAGAACGGCCACAUGGCGGCGGCUCACAACGGCGGCGGAAGCAGCAGCUCGGCGGGAGGCGCCGCCGCGCGACCGCCGCCGCCGCUCUCGCCGCCAGACGCCGUGAUGCUGGAGCGUCCACCGCCCGUGCCCUAUCUCUUCGCGCCACAGGUUCCAGUGACUCCACUGCACAGACCUACUGAGUUUUCUCCCGUUUUCAACCAUUCACUGACAAAUGGCACCGGCGAAUCCACCAACCACCACUCUCAAGAGAAGGGGAUUCCAACUUUGGUUACAUGGAGUCAAGGAGGAAAUGAGGUAUUCCUGGAAGGAUCAUGGGAUAACUGGACAUCGAGGAGGGGAUUAGAGAGGUCUGGCAAAGAUCACGCGAUCUUGUUGGUUCUGCCAUCCGGAGUUUAUCAUUACCGGAUUAUUGUAGAUGGGGAGCUGAGAUACAUCCCUGAACUACCUCAUGCAACUGAUGAAAGAGGGCAAGUGGCCAACCUCCUCGAUGUCCAUGAUUACGUUCCAGAAAGCCUCGACAGUGUAGCUGAGUUUGAAGCACCCCCAUCUCCCGAACACAGUUACGACCUGCAAUACCUGGGUGACGAGGAAUUCGCCAAGGAGCCGCCCACCCUCCCACCCCAGCUUCUCAUGUCUGUCCUUGGGGACACUGAUAACACUGACAUCCAAGCUUCAAAGCCACAGCACGUCGUCCUCAACCAUCUGUUUAUUGAGAAAGGGUGGGGAUCGCAGUCGCUGCUUGCCCUCGGCGUCACCCAUCGGUUUGAAUCCAAGUAUGUGAGCUUUGUGCUCUACAAACCGCUGAAGAGGUGA